AAGCAUAAUGUGAACAUUCAAAAAUAUAACUGAGUGGGAGCGUUGAAUUUUAAGAGGGAGCUCAUAACGCGCCGUCGAUGGAAUCGUUCAUUUGGAUGCUCAACUUUGCGUAGUGUUUGUGGUGUACUGUUAUUACUGUGUUAUUAACAAAAUGUCGUCGAGACGCACGAUACUAAGCAGACCUCGCACGCGUUUAUACGAUUCGAGUUACAACAUGGGCGAAAAUAUGUACAGACCGGCGUUGGAUCGUCUCAAUCGCAAAUACACAGGAAGGCCAUUGUCACCUCCGCGACGUCAAACGGCAGUACCCAACGAAAUUUUAGAGCGUCACGAACGUGCCUUUAUGGAUGAUGAUUUAGAGAACUGUCGCCGACGAGCAGAAAAGCACAUAACUGGAGAUACCUUUUUUGACUCACGUGGGGCACGUUUGGACGCGCGCGAUUUAAUGAAUAGCUUUGACGAAGAGACCGUUUCGAAGAUUAAGAGCAUCAGGGCAAACAAAAAAGUGUCAAUCAUCGAUGAUGUAGAUAUGGAGAGUACUGUAAAUAAUAUCAAUGGUCGCCGUUUUCUGGAUCGAACCGAAAAGAUUUUAGAUACUGUGGGUAUCGUUAAAGAACCUCACAUACGCGCGGUUCUCGAUGACGAUUUCUCGUACAGGGCUGCCAAAGACGUCCCUACGCGCAGAGCAAUUGGUGCCGAAGUAGACUCUAUAAUGAAGCGAAGGUCUGUGGAAAUCACUCAUGAAGAUGACGCUCGUGGCAGAGAUUUGCACAAAUGGUCCGCGCUCAAUUUGGAACGCGACGAGAAAGUCGAAAACGCCGCCACCAGAGCAAAACAGACGCGCUCCCGAAUGGAAGAACUAGAUGAAGAGAUGCUGGCGAUGGCCGAAAGACAAGCCACGAGGGAGCGAAAAGCGGCCCGAUUACGAGCACUCAUUAACGAGGUAGCCGAAGAAAAUGACGUCCUCCCGCCCAUAUCAGUUCGACGAGCCCUACGUGCUAGGGAAGAAGAUGAAGAUAUCCUAGCUUAGAUUUUUUUAUUAUUUAAGUAGAAAUCGCCGGUGUUAUUUGUUAUUUCACAGUUUGGAGGUAUGACAUUUAUAUAGGUUUACCAAUAAUGAUAUAUAUGUAUAUAGGAUAUUCCACAAUAAAUAUCUUUUUGAGGUCUUUA